AAAAAAAAAUUGGUUUGUUAAUGGCCUUCAACCAUUCAGCCCAACAAUUAAUGUCCAAAUUUCCGAUGUGACGCGACCGACGACGCCGAAAUUUCCGAUGGUCCCGAACUUUUUGUUCGCGGUGAUUCGCUAUUGCCUCAUAGCGAUGUUGACGACAUUCCGGGUGGGCUUCUUGUUUCUGAGGGUGCAUUCGUGCCACCUGAAACUCCACAGCCUCUGAAUGAUGUGAUGGACCCGAAAGGUGAAGGUUCUGUGGUAAUUGAAGUGGGUCUUGCUGGGAUUCACCAGUGUAUGCCAUCUGUUGCUCAUAUGGGUCUAUUGUCUGAUGCUCCACCAGAUCAAUGGGCGAAAAAAGUUGCUGAAAUUCUAGUGCAAAGUCUUGUUUUUGUCUAUGGAGAUUCAUUCAAGAUUGAAGCACUUGGUGUUUUUGCUCCAUUUGUGGCACAUGAGUCCAGAGGACUACAUGCUCUCCACCCGUUUGUUGAAAUGCAACACUCAAGGGCGUUAUGCCAUGGUAAUGCAAUUCUUGGUUUUGAUCUUAGCUACUAUAUGGGCAUUCGCGACAAAGGUGGUGGAUUUGAAGUUCAAUUUAGGGUCCAUGAUUAUGGUUGUGUUAAUAAUUUUGAGUUGUUCUACCAUAUGGGAAUUCGUGACAAAGGGGGAGGCUUCAUAGGUUGAAUUGUAUUGUGUUUUGAGUAAUAAAAA